UCUCUCGAGUCCUGUCGGCGAUGCUGCGCGACAGCCAGAACCUGCUAUCGCAAGAGCAGUCGUCAGCUGUCGCCGAGGCCUAUCAUGGUUUUCUGGAAAAGUGACGUGGGCAGUGCUAGAGACACGGAUCGAGCCAAGAUCGCUGGAAGCAGCGGAUGAUCGCGCAGAUGCACGAGUGUCUUAACAUCCCGUACCUAGCGGCAGUCCCGGGGGUGAUUCUCAGCACCAGUGUGAAUAGCAGCACACGGUGGAGCGCAUUCUCUCACAAAUGGAGUCCCGACAUGUGUCUCUUGGUAGACUGCCUGCGGCCCAACCACCUGCUUGUUCUCAUCCAGACGUUUGUCUAUUGCUACAUGAACGACGACUUUGUCCCGUCGCUACCUGUUCGGUCCACUGUGCUCGACGCUGAACGCUGGCAGCGCCUCCAAAAGCACGUAUUACCUGCAUAUACGCGAACAGGUGCAGUUAGGUUCGCCACAGCAGUCUGGUGGAAAAACUCAGCUAACGUGCACACCUUCUACAGGUCGAUUAGCCAUCUGGUUGAGCGCAGAUUCAGGCCCCGUGGCUGGAACAGAAUAGUCCCCGGCGACGCAGAGCUGGACCAGCUCAACACAUGCAUAGUGUCCCUGCGGGUGUCGAUGCAGCAGAUAGAGCUUCGCCUUCCUAACCUCGCGGGUACGUGGUCAGAUGGGACUGUCGGUCUGGUUGGCAAUUUGUAUGCAUCUCAGGACAGUGGCCCACCCGAUGCUAACCUGAUAAAGGAACAGUCCUCUUUGUUUGGCCCGGGCCACUGGGUUCUCGAGGAGUUCUCCUUCGGUGAAACAGUCGACACUGAUACCUGGUGCCAGCGCGCUCUCGAUCUGAUGUACCAGCAGGUCAAGCUGUACAUGGCCAAACGUGCUACUGCUGCUGCUGCUGACGCCAGUAGGGCUGCUGCUGUAAGUGUGUCGUUCGAUACCACCGCUCAUACGCCUAAGCAGCGCCUUGCUGCCAUCCGAGCCGCCUACUUGAUGUUGCUCGAGCUGUCGGAAUCUGCCAAUGAGAUGUCUCUGGAAGAUCUGACACGGGCAAUGAACAAGAUAAUCGCAAUUCACGAAUGGAACGCGUACAAGUCAAGGACGUACACCAUAUUGCAGUUGGAAGGGAAAGGAGUGCGAAGAGGACGACGACGACGACGACAGCAGCAGCAGCAGUAGCAGCGAGAGGGAUACCAGAAAGCCAUGGGACAUUGCCGGAGUAUGGAUCAAUCUAGCAAUCUCGGAGUUGCUGUGCAUGCACUAUGGCGUAGCCCGCGCUGAAUCCAUAGAGAAAAGCCGAGGGAAGGAUGCUGCACUGGCUGCAAUGCGGGCUGGACAUUGCCUCGAACAUGAAUGCGGGCGGACGUGCGCAGAUUUGGGUUUACAUCCUGCGCCUUGAAGCCGAU